AAAGGCAAACUAUGAGCAAGAGCGCAAAGUAUAUAUAAGAGUCGUUGCGUAAAACUAGAUGUCCAAUUUGUCAAUUGAUAAAAGUUUGUGCGUACAGAGUUCAUUUUACUGUCGAGAAUGCUUUAUUACAUGAUCUUUCUAUUUUGCCUGAUCUCGGACACGAUUUCUGAAGAUACCAAAUCGCCGCGUAUAGUGAUCGUUGGUGCUGGCGCAUCUGGCAUCGCGGCUGCAGCGAAGUUGCUCGAAAAUGAUUUUCAAAAUAUCAUUAUUUUGGAAGCCGAGAAUCGAAUCGGUGGACGAGUGAACACAGUAAAGUUUGACGAGUACGCAAUUGAUUUAGGCGCGCAAUGGAUUCAUGGAGAAAAGGGAAACGUUGCAUACGAAUUGGUAGCUCCAUUGAAUAUUACGGAUCAUUCAGAACCAAUUAACUACGAUGUAUAUACAUCCACCGGCGAGCUGAUCGAUAAUAGAAUUACGAAAAACAUUACGGAUACUUACCUAACUUAUUUCGACAAGAUAGAGGAAUUCACGGGUGACAAGUGCCAACGAUCCAUUGGCGAAUGUAUCGAACACAAGUUGAAAGACUGUUUUAAAAAAUUUCCGGAAUUAAAUGAAACGCUACAGGAAGAAUUACUGUGGUUUUUCAAUAUACUUCAGAUCAGCUCCGAUCCUGCUGACAAUUGGUAUGAUAUUGCGGUAAAAUCGUAUUUCGAGUAUAAUAUAUCCGAGGGUGAUCAGGCAAUAAAUUGGAGGAACCGAGGAUAUGGUACCAUUCUUGAUAUAUUAAUGAAAAAAUUUCCAAAUCCAGAGGAGGAGUUACCUGUAUUAAACAAAACGAUACUUAAUGCCGAAGUUACGAAAGUUGAUUAUUCCAGUGAAGAUAAUAGCGUGAAAGUAACAACGCUCGACGGAAAAGAAUAUAUAGCCGAUCACGUUAUCAUGACGCCUUCCUUAGGUGUGCUUAAAGCACAGUACGAAACUCUGUUUAAUCCUCCAUUACCGGAAUCGAAAAUUAGAACUAUCAAAGGAUUAGGAUAUGGAAAUGCUUGUAAAAUAUUUUUAGCGUUCAACGAUACUUGGUUUAACACUAAAAAAACGAAUAACGCAGGAUUUAGAAUUUUGUGGACUAAGGAAGAGAGGGAGAAGCUUGACAGCAAUCCAAAAACAAGGUGGAUACCUUAUGCUAUAGGUUUCUUUUUUGUCGAGCACAAACCUCGUUUAUUGUUCAUAUGGGUAUCUGGAAAAGGUGCGCGAUUGAUAGAUGAUGUUACUGAUGACGAAAUUUUUGAUCAAAUAGUACAGCUGUUAAAUAAUAUGCUGUCGAAAGAUUAUAAUGUCACUAGACCAACAGCAAUGAUAAGAAGUAAGUGGUAUCAAAAUAAACAUUUCCGUGGUACGUAUAGUUUUCAGAGCAUAGAAACUAUAAAAACGAAUUCUAGCGCGUUGCAAUUGUCCGAACCAAUUAUAAAAAUGGGGAGACCUGUAAUUUUAUUUGGAGGUGAAGCUACUAACGAACACUAUUUCUCUACAGUACAUGGAGCGAUUGGCUCUGGGUGGAGAGAAGCUGAAAGAUUAAUAAGUCUUUAUGAUAAACUUAAUAGUACAAACAAAAGUCCAAUGACAAAAUAAUAAAUUUUAUUUAGAUUAGAA